AUGAACCUCCAACGCGCGGAGCUCUUCAAGGCGGUGAAGGCUUUGAACUGGAAGGGCAACUGCCGAGCCUUGUGGAAAGCCUUGGAUCAUGACCAGAGUGGCAUCACCACCAUCGAGGAGCAGCUCGUCCAACACAAGACCGCAUGUUCGUGUGGCUGGAGCUCUGAGUGGCUGCAGCAUGCUUUUGAGCUUUUGAGUGGCGGAUGCCCGCGUUGUUCCACUUUCUGA